AUGAACGAUACCGAUGGCGCUGAAGUGGUCGCCCAUCGCAUGGAGAAGCUGGACUUUCACCAUCCGUACACGCCCUAUGAUGUGCAGAACGACUUCAUGAAGACCGUCUACCAAGUCUUGGAGGCUGGCAAUGGACAAGUCGGUAUACUCGAGAGCCCAACGGGAACGGGCAAGUCUCUGUCUCUCAUAUGUGCCUCGUUGACGUGGCUGCGGAACCACAAGGCCACCCGACACGAAGCCGAGCUGCGAGCGGCAGGCGAGGCACUCAAGGGUGAACCGGCGUGGCUUGUCGACCAGCUCCUGCAGCGCAAAAGAGACGAGCUCGUUCGUGCGUGGGAAGACCGAGAGAAGCGACUGGUAGCCCUUCAGGUGAAGGAGAAGGCCCUCGAGCAGCGGGCUCGGAAACGAAGGCGUGUCGAGGUGGCGGCCGACGCGGGCGUUCCGAAGAGCGCCGAGGACGAGGACGCCGAGUGGCUCCUCGACGUCGAAGGACCGGACCUCGCGAAUGAUCCGCUCUCCGGCCUCAGCAAGGAAUCGCGCGAGGUGCUGGAGAGGAUGGGCCUCGGGGGGCCGAAAAAGCGCGACGACGACGAGGGCAUGCCAAAGGAAGACAUCAAGAUCUAUUACACCUCGAGAACGCACUCGCAGCUCUCGCAGUUCAUCACCGAGCUGCGUCGACCGGCGUUUCCAUCUUCGCUGCCGACGUCGGUGGCCAAGGAUCAAGCGGCGGCAUCGGAAAGCGUCAAGAUGCUACCGCUCUCGUCUCGGCAGCGGCUCUGCAUCAACCCGUCGGUGUCGCGGCUAGGGUCCGUCCAGGCCAUCAACGACCGGUGCGCGGAGCUGCAGCAGAACAAAGGGGGCAAGAAGUGCGCGUACGUGCCUAGGGAAGAGCUCCUCGGCCAGACGCACCAGUUCCGCGACACGGCCCUCGCGACGCUGCCGGACAUUGAAGACCUUUUCCGGCUCGGAAAGUCGCUGGCCGUCUGCCCGUACUACGCCUCGCGCGCGGCACUCACCGGCGCCGAGAUCAUCACGCUGCCGUACCCGCUGCUGCUCCAGCGGAGCGCGCGAGAGGCGCUGGGGAUCAAGCUCGAAGGCAACGUCGUCAUCAUCGACGAGGCGCACAACAUCAUGGACGCCGUGGCCAACGUGCACGCGGCGGAGAUGAAGCUCAGCGAGCUACGCAGGGCGAGGAGCAUGCUGGCCGUCUACGUGAAGCGAUUCGGGAAGAAGCUCAAGGGCGAGAACCGCGUCAACGUCGGGAGGGUCGGGCGCGUCAUCGACGGACUGAGCGAGUGGAUGGAAAAGGCGCAGGGUCUUGAGCACGAAAAUGGCAUCGUCGACUCGAACGAGCUGACACGACCGAAGAACAUUGACCAGAUCAACAUGUUUGAGCUGAUCCGGUACAUUCAAGGGUCGAAGCUGGCGUACAAGAUCGAGAGCUACGCGGCGCACGUCGACAAGGACAAGGACGGGGCCGAGGCGCGCGCCGGCACGCCCGUCCUGCACUCGCUGGUGUCGUUUCUCGUGGCGCUCACGAACCCGAGCUCCGAAGGGCGCAUCUUCUACGCGAAGCUCUCGACGUCGGACGUGCAGCUGUCGUACCUGCUCCUCUCGCCGACGCACGCAUUUGCGUCGGUGGCCUCGAGCGCGCGCGCCGUCAUCCUCGCGGGCGGCACCAUGUCGCCGUUUGACGACUACAGACACCACCUGUUCCCGUCGCUCGAGGCGCGCAAGCUCACGACGCUCAGCUGCGGACACGUCAUCCCGAAGGAGAACCUGUGCGUCUGGACGCUCGCGGGCACGCGGCCGGGCGCGCCGGCAUUCGAGUUUAGCUUCCGGCGGCGGCGCGACGAGGCCAUGAUCCGCGAGCUCGGGCUCGCCCUCGUGAACCUGUGCGCCGCGGUGCCCGACGGCGUCGUCGUCUUCUUCCCCAGCUACGGCUACCUGGACGAAGUGGUGGGCGUGUGGCGGGCGAAGGGAGGGACGGCAUCGAUAUGGGAGCGGCUCGAAGGGCGGAAGACGGUGCUCAGGGAGACCAAGGGCGCGUCGAGCGACGAGGUGCUGAGGGAAUACUCGGACGCCAUCCUCGGCGGCGAGGCAUCGGCGGCGGCGUCGGCGGCGACUCGAAGCGGGGGCGCGCUGCUCCUCAGCGUCGUCGGGGGCAAGAUGUCCGAGGGCAUCAACUUCUCCGACAGGCUGGGCCGGUGCGUCGUCGUCGUCGGGCUGCCGUACCCCAACGCCAUGUCGGCGGAGUGGAAGGCGAAGAUGGAGCACGUCGAGGCGACGGUGACGGCGCUCAACCUCGGCCGGGGCGUGGCCGGGGAGGCGGCGGCGGCGGCGGGCAAGCAGGCGGCGCGGGACUUUUACGAGAACGGCUGCAUGCGGGCGGUGAACCAGAGCAUCGGCCGGGCCAUACGGCACCGCGGCGACUACGCGGCGAUUGUGCUCGCCGACCGGCGCUACGGCACCGACCGGAUCCGGGGGAAGCUGCCGGGGUGGAUUCGGGGGGCCAUGAGGGCCGAGACGGCCGACGGCGGCAACGCGAACAUGCUGGGUGGCUUGAUGGGCGCGCUCGGCGGCUUCUUUCGGCGGCACAAGCAGGGAUCAUGA